GUGUUUUUGUGAAACUUUUGAAAAAAAAAAAAAGGGAACACAGUGGCAGGACUUCUAACAAGCUAUAUAUCCUAAUCUUCCCAACUUCAUUUAUUGAGUUAUAAUUCUCAACACAACCAUAUCCCAACUUAGCAUACGAAAGGAUUUCAACUGAGAUGGAAGAUAUAUCUUUAGAUGAAUCCAAGAUCAAUGUGAUCAACCAAAACUUCAACAAAUUCAAAGUUACCUAUCAAAGGCUCUUAGAUCAAUCAACUCCUCAUGUUAAGUACAGAUGGCUCUCAUUUGGCUUUCUUCUAGCGGUAUUUCUUGCUCGUAUUGUUUUUUCACAAGGUUGGUAUAUUGUUUGCUAUGGCCUAAGCAUAUAUUUGCUUAAUUUAUUUCUGGCGUUUCUGCAACCAAAAUUAGAUAUGACAAUUGAACAGACCGAGCAAUAUGAAAAUAUGGAGGCUGGUGAAAUGAGCCAAGAAUUUAGACCAUUCAUUAGAAGACUUCCAGAGUUCAAAUUUUGGCACCGUGCUACUGUUGCUACUGUCCUUUCUUUGUUUUUGUCUUUGUUUCCAUUUACCGAUGUCCCAGUAUUUUGGCCUAUUCUUUUGAUCUAUUUCAUUAUUUUAUUCACCUUAACAAUGAGAAGGCAAAUUCAGCACAUGAUUAAAUAUAGAUAUCUCCCAUUUGAUUUCGGAAAGAAAAAGUAUGGUUCAAAAUAAGAAUGUUGCAUAUUACAGAAUGUCCCAAAAACAAAUCUGCCAUACAACAUGAAUCAAGUAGGUAGCUAACUCUGAAGGCUUGCUUGAGUGAUUGAAUUGAUUUAAUUUGUAUCUUAAUAAAAAACCCAAUGCAUAUAAUUUUUUCAUCUUGAAUUCUUUGUAGCUCGUCUCGCUUAUCAAACAAAACCAACAGAAACUAAGCUACUGGCUUAUAACUAUUAUGAUGCGAACGAACCCCAUUAAAAAAAAGACGAUAAUUUGCC